AUGGCCCCGCCUGUCUCGCUGCUACUGCUGCUCCUUGCCGCGGCGGCUUCUGUGCAUGCGGCUGCUCAACAGCAGUGGCCGCCCAUCGCACGUCCGGGCUGCCGCGACAAGUGCGGCAACAUCAGCAUCCCCUACCCGUUCGGCAUCGGGUCAGGCUGCUUCAUCGCAGAGCAAUUCCAGGUUUUCUGCGACGACUCCGCCAGUCCCCCUCGCGCCUUCCUUGUCAAUACCUCUGGAUCAUACCAGAAGAAUGCCGAGGCCAACCUGGUGCCCGGCGUCACCAAGUACCCAUUCGUGAUCGAUCGCGAGACGAUUCCUCCAUCGCCAAUCGAGCUCAUCGACAUAUCUCUCGCCACAGGUGAGGUACGGGCAUACGGCGCGGUCUCCUCCUACUGCGCCAAAUCCCCUACCAGCCAGCAGAUCAAGCUCCAAGUUACAGUUCUGACGCCCUCCAAGACCACCCAUUGGCCGUUCACCCUGUCGAUGGAGCGCAAUGCUCUCGUCGGGGUCGGCGUUAGCGCGGAAGCCAGGCUAGCAACUAACCUGUACAUGGACUGGCCAAGCCUUGAUUCAUGGCUCUACACAACCUGCAAUUCAGACGCGUCUAGCAAUUUUCGGCAAGCCAUAAACGGGUCGUGCAUGGGGAACGGCUGCUGCCAGGUCCCUUUUGGCGGAAAUUGGGAUUUUAAAGUCCCCUUAUUUGCAGUGUCAUUCAUGCCCAUGAAUACUACUCCGGUGGUGGAUCCCAAAAGACCAACCCCGUGCCAGUACGGCAUGGUGGUGGAGAAUGGAUUCUACAACUUCUCAUCGCUGGACCUGUACGGAGACGAGGUGUUACCCAAAAAGUUCCCAAGGGGCGUUCCGUUCGUCAUCGAUUUCGCUGUCAUGGCCGACGACACCUACUAUCCCGGAAACGGGUCAUGUCCGGUGGAAGGCCAGCAGGCACCUCCGGGCUAUGCGUGCGCCAGCAGCAACAGCUUUUGUGCCAACGGCACCUCCUCGGAUCGCUAUCUCUGCCACUGCAAGGAGUAUUACGAGGGCAACCCCUACGUCCCUGAUGGAUGUCAAGACAUCGAUGAAUGCAAGGACCUUGUGAAAAAUCCAUGUCAUGGGGUCUGCAAGAACAGGCUUGGAGGCUACGACUGUCCAUGCAAACGCGGAAUGAAGGGCGACGGCAAAGCAGGAACUUGCAAAGAAAUAUUCCCCUUAGUUGCUCAGGUCAUUGUGGGUGCAGGUUGUGCUAUUGGUUUCAUAGUUGUGAUAUUCCUGAUUAUUCUUUUGAAAGAGAGAAGGAAAACUAGAGACUUUUACAAAAAGAAUGGUGGGCCCAUAUUAGAGAAGGCAAAAUUAAUAAAACUUUACAGAAAGAAGGACCUCAAGCAAGUCUUAUUGGAUAGCAAUAUAAUUGGGCAAGGUUUCUUUGGUGAAGUUUACAAGGGAUUUCUUGGCAAUGAACAAGUUGCAAUAAAGAAGCCCAAAAUUUCAGGUGUGCUAGAGAAAGAACAAUUUGCAAAUGAAGUCAUCAUCCAAUCUCAAGUCACCCACAAGAACAUUGUCAGGCUCAUAGGUUGUUGUCUAGAAGUUGAUACUCCGAUGCUAGUCUAUGAGUUCAUCCCAAAGGGCAGCCUCCAUGACAUUCUUCACGACCACAACAGCAACAACAAGGUUGCUCUCAGCUUGGAUUUACGAAUAAAUAUUGCUGCACAAUCCGCAGAUGGUCUAGCUUAUAUGCAUUCAAAAACCAAUACUGAAAUUCUUCAUGGUGAUGUCAAACCUGCCAAUAUCCUCUUGGAUGAUAACUUUUCACCAAAGAUCGCAGACUUUGGCUUAUCAAGGUUGCUCGCAAGAGAUACAAAGCACACUGAAUUUGUCAUCGGUGACAUCAACUAUAUGGAUCCAACAUAUCAGAAGGAAGGCCUAUUAACAGAAAAAAGUGAUGUCUACAGUUUUGGAGUUGUUCUCUUGGAACUUAUUAGUCGGAGAAAGGCGGUACAUUCUGACACUGAUAACUUAUUGAACAGUUUUCGUGAAGCUCAUGAGAAAGAUAUGGAAGGAAUUGAGUUGUUUGAUGAAGAUAUCGCUGUAGCGGAAGAUUUGGGGGUUCUCAAGAGUCUAGUAGAGUUGGCCAUGGAAUGCCUUAACCUUCAAGUGGAUGAAAGACCAACAAUGACAGAGGUAGCGGAGCGCCUCUUCUUGAUGGGUCGAUCACGUCAGCAGUAA